GCGCGGCGUGUGGCGCAUCCAAGGCGCUGUCACUCAUUGAUAAGAUCAAUACGAGCUGGUGCGAUCCGAAAAUCCAGCAGUUCAACGCCUAUUGUCGCGCUUCGUAUAGGUGCACUACCUGCCAGCAGAGCAGCACUCAGCAGCACUCAGCAAGGCAGCAGCAAUGCGCGGGAGCCGCGGCGCCAUCGCACGGCUCCUCGUCGCCAUGACAAUCACGCGCGCGCACCGCCUCGUCCGCCGCCGCACGGCGAUCGCCGCGCUCGCACCCAUACCAGCAAACGCGAUGUGGCAGCUCUGGCUGCCGAGCGACAUGGAGCGCUUCGUGGCCGAGGCCGACGCGAAUGCUGACAGUGUCCUCGCGGCCAUGGAUAAAUGCGCCGAGACGUCGUGGAUGAUGAACAUGGGCAGCGCCAAAGGCGUUUUAAUAGAAAAAGUUAUACAGCAGAGAAGGCCCAAACGCCUGCUGGAGAUCGGCACCUUCCUGGGCUACAUGUCCAUCCGCUUGGCAAGGAGCAUGCCCGUCGACGCAAUCCUGACGACGGUCGAAAUUGAUGAAGAUAACUAUGCGGCCUCGAGACGGAUCCGGGCGAAAGCUCUGGGGAAGCGAGAUGACAGUGUCGUGGCGCUCAAGGCGAACGCGAGCGAAGCUCUCAAAUCGUUGAAGGGGCCCUUCGACUUCGUGCUCAUGGACCACUGGAAGCCGGACUACGCGAGGGACCUCGAGGCGUUACGAAGAAAAGGUUUAUUGGCAGAUAAAUGCAUGGUCGUGGCGGACAACGUCUUGUUUCCGGGCGCGCCGGAGUUGCUGGAUUAUUUAAAUGUACCCUACGUGCCGGCGACCGACGCGGUGAGCGGCCAAGCUUGUUUACAGGCUGCUGCGGAUAUUGACCAGAAGUUCCUGAAGCGCGCCGAGAACGACUUGAAGGCGAUCCGGCGGCGGGGCGGCGACGAUGUCGAGGCGGACCUCGCGGACGCGUCGGCGCGCCUCGAGGCGUAUAAGCGGGCGGCGGCGAGCAGACCGGCGCGCGACGCGGUGUACUCCGGGAAUGGCUUCGCCACGACGUUAGCAAGGACGCCCUUCGAAUAUAGACCGGACACGCCCGACGCGAUGACGUUCUCGGAGUACUCUCGAUAA